UACAACAGUUAACAAUCCGCGUUUACGUUAGUCUAUCGUUCAUUUUACAUGAUCAGUGCAUUCAAACUUAUUUCAUCGUUUUUAAAAACUUAACAAUGGAAAGUAAAAAGUUAUUCAACAUUUUCAAUAACAAAAAUAAAUCCACAACUACUUCUACAAGUUCUACAGUUUCUACAAAAAUAGAUGUUGAUCAAAAUAUAUCGGUUUCUAUCAUUACUGCUACCUACACCAAUAUUGUCAACAGCGAUGAUGAAUCUAAUACCAAUAAUACCCCAAGUGGAUAUUUAGAUCUUGGCGAUUUAAAUUCCGGACCUAUGAGGCCAAUUUUAAAAGUAUAUCCAAAAACUAAAUUUGGACAACAAAACAGAUCAUUUUCGAGUACCCACUAUAAAAAAUUUUCAUGGAUUGAGUACAGCAUUAAAAAUGAUGCCAUUUUUUGUUACGCUUGUCGCUUAUUUUCAAAUAACAAUGUUGAACAAACAUUUAUUAGUAUUGGAUUUAAUAAUUGGAAAAAAUUAAGUGGUUAUAGAGAUUCAAAGGUUAAUUGUACAAAACUUGAAUUGCAUAAUAGAUGUAUACAUCAUUUAACUGCAAUGUCUAAAUGGUCAGGUCACAAUUCAAUGAAAAAAAAUGGAUCCGUUCACAACAAAAUUGUUUCUGCAAGUAUGCAACAAAUAAAAGAAAACAGAACCUACAUGAUGCAGUUAAUUGAAAUAACAUUGUUUUUAAGUAAACAAGGAAUUGCUUUUAGAGGCCAUAGAGAAAAUGAGCUUUCUAUAAACAGAGCAUUCGUUAAGUCUGGUGUUGGAUAUAAUUCAAAAAAGCCAAAUUCUUUUGUAUUGACUAAAUUUGAUAACUGGAGAAAAGCACUGGAAGGAUUUCAAAACUAA